UACAAUUCUCAAGUCCUGGAUAGCUUCAUACGUAGGUGAAGACAGAGAAACACUCUGUGACAGUCUGGUACGGAACACCAUCGCCGUUUAUAACACUGUUAUCACACAGCUACUGCCCACUCCAGCCAAGAGCCACUACACCUUUAACCUGCGUGACUUGUCAAAAGUUUUCCAAGGAAUUCUCAUGGCUCAAUCGGAGAAACUUGAGAACAAAGAAGAUGUGCUGAGGCUGUGGUACCAUGAGAACUGCCGAGUGUUUCAAGAUCGACUUGUCAAUGAUGAGGACAGGAAGUGGUUCGUGGAUCUGAUUCGGGACAAGAUGGCGUCUGGGUUUGAGUCGUCUUUGAAUGACGUUGUCAAAGAUUCCACUAUGAUUUAUGGUGAUUUUAUGGUGCCCAGUGCUGAGAAUAAGAUUUAUGGUGAAGUUGCCAGUUUUGAAAAGAUGGUGAAAAUAAUGGAAGAGUACCUUGAUGACUACAAUCAAAUCAACACGGCGCAGAUGAAGCUGGUGCUCUUUACUGACGCAGUUCGUCACGUGUCACGAAUCAGCCGUGUGAUUCGCCAGCCGCUGGGUAACGCUCUACUUCUGGGUGUGGGAGGCAGCGGACGUCAGAGCCUGACAAGGCUUGCAGCCCACAUGGCCGAAUACGAGUGUUUCCAGAUUGAGUUGGCGAAAAAUUAUGGUGUUCCUGAAUGGCGUGAAGACCUGAAAAAGGUGCUGCUGAAGUCAGGUGUAGAGAACAAAUCGAUGGUUUUUCUCUUCAGUGACACACAGAUUAAAAGCGAAAGUUUCUUAGAAGAUCUGAACAACGUUCUAAAUGCCGGUGAUGUACCUAACAUAUUCGCACAAGAUGAGCUCGACGCGAUCUUCACAGCUAUGAAGCCGGUGGUUCUUGAUCAGGGUCUUCAGCCCACCAAGGCCAAUCUAUACUCAGCUUUCACUAAACGAGUGCGGGCCAACACACAUACUGUUGUCUGUAUGAGCCCAAUUGGUGAAAUAUUCCGAGCACGUCUCCGCCAAUUUCCGUCUUUGGUCAACUGCUGUACCAUUGAUUGGUUUUCUGCUUGGCCCAAGGAGGCCUUACGAUCCGUGGCGUCAACUUUCCUCGGAGAAAUUCCCGAACUGGAUGAAUCUUCGGCAAUGGAAGGCUUGGUGUCAAUCUGUGGAGUCAUUCAUCAGACAGUGGCUCAAAAGUCCAAGCAAUACUUGGCUGAGUUGUCCCGCCACAACUAUGUUACACCCACCAGCUACUUGGAGCUUCUAGGGACAUUUCGAAAGUUGGUGGGCAUGAAAAAGACGGAGUUGUCUACGGCGAGAAACAGGACAAAAGUUGGGUUGGACAAGUUGCUAAGUACAGCUGAUGAGGUGGAGAAGCUACAAGAAGAAUUGGAGUCCAUGCAGCCGUUGUUGGCUCAGGCAGCUGAAGAAACUGUAGAGACAAUGGAGAAGAUUAAAGUGGACUCGGUUGUUGCCAACGAGACUAAAGUUGUUGUACAGCGAGAAGAAGAGGAAGCCGCUAAAAAAGCUGCAGAAACCCAGGCCAUUGCUGAUGACGCUCAGAGAGACUUGGACGAGGCCUUGCCAGCACUGGAAGCGGCCCUGACGAGUCUGAAGUCCUUAAAUAAGACUGAUGUCGUAGAGGUUCGAGCUCUUCAGCGUCCUCCUCCAGGUGUGAAGCUUGUGAUUGAAGCUGUCAGUAUAAUGAAAGGCGUCAAGCCCAAGAAGAUUGCGGGAGAAAAGGUUGGGACAAAAGUAGAUGAUUACUGGGAGCCUGGUAAAGCUUUGCUUCAAGACCCUGGAAAAUUUCUUGAAAGUCUCUUCAAGUUCGACAAGGACAACAUCCCCGAUCCAGUGAUUCAGAAAAUACAACCAUAUAUAGACAACGAAGAUUUCCAACCAGCUAACAUUGCCAAGGUGUCGAAGGCGUGUACGUCCAUCUGCCAAUGGGUACGAGCUAUGCACAAAUAUCACUUCGUGUCUAAAGCAGUAGCUCCUAAACGGGCUGCUCUAAAACAAGCCACUGAAGAGCUACAAGAAACCCAACGUGUUCUUGCGGAGGCUAAAGCUCGGCUGGCCGAGGUGGAGGAAGGCAUCGCGUCCCUUCAGGCCAAAUACGAGGAGUGUAUUGCCAAGAAACAGGAAUUAGAGUUUAAAACAGAACAGUGCUCGGCCAGACUUGGUCGAGCUGAAAAGUUGAUUGGUGGCCUCAGUGACGAAAAAAUCCGCUGGCAUGAAUCAGUGCUGUCAUUUGAUGGUCAGAUUGUAAAUAUUGUUGGUGACGUCAUGAUUUCAUCCGGGGUAAUCGCCUACCUUGGCACUUUUACGGGCGAAUACCGCGUGUCAAUGGUUGAGGAAUGGUUAAGAGAAUUACGUGGUCUGGAAAUCCCUCACUCAGACAACUGUUCACUCGUGCCAACACUUGGAGAUCCUGUAAAGAUUCGCAACUGGCAGAUUGCUGGUUUGCCCCGUGACACGCUGUCUGUGGAGAAUGGUGUUAUUGUGCAGUUCUCUCAGAGGUGGCCACUGUUUAUUGACCCUCAGGGGCAGGCUAACAAGUGGAUUAAAAGCUUAGAAAAAGACGCCGGUCUUGACGUAAUCAAACUCAGCGACCGAGAUUUCUUACGAAGCUUAGAAAACGCUGUGCGUUUCGGUAAACCGUGCCUGUUAGAAAAUGUUGGAGAAGAACUGGAUCCAGCUUUAGAACCUAUAUUGCUAAAACAAACAUUCAAGCAGUCAGGUAGUACAGUGAUCAAGCUCGGAGACGCCAUCAUCCCUUAUCACGAUGACUUUAAGUUUUACAUUACUACAAAGCUUCCUAACCCACACUACACUCCUGAAGUGUCCACAAAGGUCACUAUUGUCAACUUCACUCUUUCACCAGGCGGUCUUGAAGAUCAGCUUUUAGCUCUAGUGGUUGCUGAGGAGAGGCCUGACUUGGAAGAAGCCAAAAAUCAGUUGAUUGUCAGCAAUGCAAAAAUGAAACAAGAGCUCAAAGAGAUUGAAGAUAAGAUUCUCCACAAACUAUCGGCAUCUGAAGGCAGCCCUGUGGAUGACAUUGAUUUGAUUCAUACACUGGAACAGUCUAAAGCUAAGUCCAUGGAAAUCAAGGCUAAAGUGGUGAUUGCAGAACAGACUGAAAAAGAUAUUGACGAGACACGUAGUCAAUACAUCCCUGUAGCUGUCAGAACUCAGAUACUCUUCUUCUGUACUUAUGACUUGGCUAACAUAGACCCUAUGUACCAGUAUUCUUUGGAGUGGUUUAUCCGCAUCUUUCUUAACAGCAUAGCAAACGCUGAAGCGUCAGAUAACUUGGAAAAGCGUAUCGUAAACAUCAACGACUAUUUCACAUUCAGCUUGUACUCUAACGUGUGUCGCAGUUUGUUCGAAAAAGACAAACUUUUAUUCUCAUUCCUCGUGUGCGUCAGAAUCCUGAUGAACGACAAUAAGAUUAACAUGGAUGAGUGGCGUUUCCUAUUGGCUGGUGGCUCUGCUAUUCCCAAGGAGAUUGAGAACCCCGCCCAGGACUGGCUGUCAGACCGGGCCUGGUCCGAAAUACUUCGACUUCCAGUGCUGCCUAAGUUUGCCAAUUUUGCUGAAGACUUCAAGAAUCACAUAGAGGGAUUUCGAAGAAUGUUUGACAGUGCUGACCCUCACCGUGAGCCGUUGCCUGAACCGUGGAACACUGACCUGGAUUCGUUCCAGAAGCUUCUUGCGUUGAAAUGCUUGAGAGCUGACAAAGUUACUAAUGCAAUGCAGGAUUUUGUUUCUGAAAAUCUUGGCCAGCGGUUCAUUGAACCUCAGACGACGGAUUUGUCUCUUGUGUUUAAAGACUCGUCUCCUACCACUCCACUCAUCUUCGUGUUGUCAGUUGGAACUGACCCAGCCGCAGACCUGUAUAAAUUUGCUGAAGAAAUGAGGUUUUCAAAGAAGCUUAGUGCAAUUUCUCUCGGCCAGGGUCAGGGUCCUCGCGCAGAAGCUAUGAUGCGCUCGGCCAUGGAGCGCGGAAAGUGGGUAUUUUUCCAGAACUGUCAUUUAGCCCCAAGCUUUAUGCCCAGUCUUGAAAGACUCGUGGAGAAUAUCGAUCCAGACAAGGUGCACCGUGACUUCCGCCUGUGGUUAACCAGCAUGCCAAGUCCCAAGUUUCCAGUCUCUAUUCUACAGAAUGGUUCAAAAAUGACCGUGGAACCUCCGCGGGGGAUUAAAGCCAACUUAUUGAGAUCUUUCACGGGAUUUAGUGACGAGUUCUAUGCAAGUUGCAAAAGGGAAGAAUUCAAGUUCCUUCUUUUCUCGCUGUGUCUUUUCCAUGGGGUCACCUUGGAGAGAAGGAAAUUUGGUGCUCUGGGUUUUAACAUCCCGUACGAGUUUACCACUGGAGACUUAAGGAUUUGUAUAAGUCAGCUGAGCAUGUUCUUAGAGGAGUACGAAGAGGAAAUACCUUUCAAGGUCCUAAAAUAUACUGCUGGACACAUCAAUUAUGGCGGUCGUGUUACCGAUGACUGGGAUCGCCGGUGUAUAAUGAACAUCUUAAAUGAUUUCUACUCACCUGACGUGCUCAGCAGUGAGCACAAGUUCUCCGAAUCUGGAAUUUAUCACCAGCUUCCUCUAACAUCUGAUCACGAGCAUUAUCUUCGAUACAUUCGUGGUUUACCAAUCAACGAUACUCCAGAGAUAUUUGCUCUUCAUGACAACGCCAACAUCACUUUUGCUCAGAACGAGACGUUCAGUUUACUUCAAGGAAUACUCAAAAUGCAGCCACGUGCGUCAUCUGGGGCGGGAAGGUCGCGUGAAGAGGUGAUGGAAGAGGCUGGCCGCAGUAUUCUAGAGAAGGUACCUCAACCUAUUUCGGUUUCCAUGGUGAUGGAAAAACACCCUGUGCGGUACGAGGAGUCGAUGAACACGGUUUUAAUCCAAGAAGUGAUUCGUUACAACAAACUGUUAGAGACUGUCAGACAGACAUUAAACGAUCUGCUUAAAGCACUCAAGGGUCUGGUGGUGAUGUCACAGGCUCUGGAGACAAUGGCAAACAGUAUCUAUAUUAACUCUGUACCGGAAUUAUGGGCCAGUAAGGCCUAUCCGUCAUUAAAACCGCUGGCGUCCUGGGUAACUGAUUUGGUGGCUCGAGUUCAAUUCAUUGAUAAGUGGAUUGAACAUGGAAUACCUCCAGUUUUUUGGAUAUCAGGUUUCUUCUUCCCUCAAGGAUUUUUAACCGGAACUUUGCAGAACUUUGCGAGAUCUUCUUCGAUCUCUAUUGAUGUGAUCACGUUCGACUUUGAGGUUAUGAAGAAAACCGAAGCAGAGUUAACCUCUCGCCCCAAUGACGGAUGCUUCAUUCGGGGUCUCUUCCUCGAAGGUGCUCGAUGGGACUACGACAAACACGAAUUGACCGAAUCCCGACCGAAGGAGUUGUACACCGACAUGCCGAUCAUUUGGUUGAAACCAACGGCGAACCGAGAGAAGCCGAGCAAGGGUAUCUAUGACUGCCCAGUGUACAAAACGUUGACCAGAGCUGGUACACUAUCCACAACAGGCCAUUCCACAAAUUUUGUUCUUCCAAUUGAAUUGCCAAGCAGUCAGUUGCAGCGCCACUGGAUCAAAAGGGGUGUGGCACUCAUGUGCGCUUUGAACUAUUAAACUUCUUUACGUAGAUUCGAACAAGCCGUGAGUGUCCUAAAAAAGAACGUUUUUCUCGCCUGGUUUUCGAAAAAUUCGUGUUUCUUCGCCUUUAACUUUUUAAAAAGUGACGAGUGUAAAUAGUUCCAUAUUUUUGUACGUUGUUUGUUUUUCUCAGGUUGGCAACGUCUCUUUCGUGUGUUUGAAUGCCAGUUCAUGCGUGAAUUAUAAUUUAAACAAACUGCUUUUCAAGUUGAAUCUUAUUCAUAAACGGCACAGGAAGAACGUGACAUAAUGUUUUGUAAAUAUUAACUUUCACACCCAGUGCUACACUGUCAAUUAUGUUUGAAU